AGGUUUAACGAAAUCUCGCGAUAUUUCUUCGCCAUACUUGUCUCUCUUUGGAGAAGGGCACGGAGAGGCCGAAAACUGGUGCACAGACAGUGGCCAUUCAUUGCAUUGGAUGCACAUUUUAAGACAUGCUGUCUAGGUUGGUGCUCGUUUCAGGGUCUGCCCUGAAAAGCAGUGGGCCACUCGGGGCAGGCCUGGUGCAGGCGUCUCGCACCCUCCACACGUCCCCACAGAGUCUGGCCCCUGUGCCCCCACUACCUGAAAAAGGCGGCAAAACUCGCCAUGGCAUCAUCCCAGAGGAGUUUUUCCAGCUUCUGUACCCCAAGACUGGAGUCACAGGCCCCUACAUGCUGGGCACGGGCCUGCUCCUCUACAUGCUCUCCAAGGAGAUCUACGUCAUCAACCACGAGACUUUCGCUGCCGCGUCCAUCGGAAUCGUGCUUGUCUACGGCGUCAAGAAGUUCGGACCCUCCGUGGCGGCCUUCGCCGACAAACUGAACGAGGAGAAAGUGGCCAAGGCUCAGGAGGUGAAGGAUCUGGCGAUGUCCAGCCUGGCUGAGGCCAUCGAGGACGAGAAGAAGGAGCAGUGGAGAGUGGAAGGGCGUGGCAUGCUGUUCGAUGCCAAGAGGAACAAUGUGCAGAUGCUGCUGGAGACCAAUCACAGGGAGCGGCAGCACAUGGUGACCAAUGAAGUGAAGAAGAGGCUGGACUACCAGAUCGCCCUGCAGAAUCUGCACCGCCGCCUGCAGCAGGAGCACCUGGUCAACUGGGUGGAGAAGAGUGUCAUCGGCAGCAUCACUCCUCAGCAGGAGAAGGAGAGCAUUGCCAAGUGCAUCACGGACCUGAAGCUGCUGGCCAAAUCCACCCAGGCCAAGGCCACUGUCUGACAGACCACAGUCUUCUGCGAAGACCCUCCCAAACCACACCCCCUUUCAUUAGAAAUAAACCCUUUUCUCUUAAA